GAACUAGAACUGAACUAGAACUGAACUAGAACUAGAACUGAACUGAACCAGAACUGAAUGAGAACAAAAAAAACCGGUUUAUUUUUCUAGUAAAUGGCGCUGCCUCAAUAAUUUCAAUUUAUUUUUUUUUUUAUAAAUUCUGGCGCUUGUAUUCAUAAAUAAUUUACAAUACUAUUGCAUUCUCCUAUCAGCCAUUCUUAUCGCUGACCCCAAGAGAAAUGCAUAUAUUCCAUUUAGUUCAAAUUGAAAUUUAAAUCUUAAAGCACGCGUUAAAAUGAAAGCUUUAAACAUAUUUUUCAUUAAAUUAAUAAUUUGCCUAAUUUUAAAAUGUGCCAAAUCAGCUGAUGAUCCCAUGGAUCCCUGUGAGAAUUUCUACAAAUACGCCUGUAGUAAUUAUAGUCAGCUGAAUCCUGAUCCCAACUAUAGCGAAAUAACACAAAAAUUGGAUUAUGAAAUAAAUAAAAAGUUAUGGCAAAUAUUAAAUAAGAAAAGUCGUAAACCGUUUGAUGACACUAAUAUACAAACACUUUAUGAGAAAAUGCUUAUAUACUUUGAUGCAUGUGAAAGUGAAACACGGAGAAAUUUACGAAAAUAUUUUAAUGAAAUCAAACCGAGCAACAAUUUAAAUUUGCCUUUAUGGGAGCACAAAGAUCAAUGGUUGGCGGCGGAUGAAAAUGAAAAGGAUAUUAUUAUUCAUAAUUACUUAGAACGUAGAGAUAUAAUGAAAAUAUCUUGGCGUAAACUGCAACUAUAUACUGAAUUUGAUUCAUGGUUUAUAUUGAAAUUGUUUAAGCGUAACGAAACUACAGUUAAACAGUUUGAUUUUUGGUCUUUAUUGGGAGAUAUACAAUCGUAUGGUUUAAAUAAUGUUAUAGUAAAUCAUCAAAUUAUCAGGAAUAAAGAUAAUUCUCUUAAUAUCUGGCUGACUCCAGCUUUUCUUGAGGAAAAGGGUUCCCUGCCCGAUACCACCAUUCUGCAAGUAUUGCUUAUGGCUUUGGGUAUAGAGGACACAGAGCCAUUAAUGCAACAAUUAAAUAGAACCGAUUUAAAAUGGCAAAAUCUAACGCAAAACUAUGCCGAUAUAGCCGAGAGUAAAGAGACGACAUUGGACAACAUAUCUGAGCUCUAUCCUCGCCUUAGUUUAAAAUUAUAUAUUGAAAAUCUAUUAGGUUCAGAGCUAAAUAAUCUCACAAAUAUAACUUUAGGAAAUCCGGAAUAUUUUGAAUACCUUAAUGGAAAGCAAUGGACUAAUGAAGAGCUGGAACAUUUGUGUAAUUAUUUAAUGAUAAAGUUUCUGUUUUAUUUAGCAGAGGAUAGUACAUCAACAUUUACUCCACUCGAUUGUAUAAAAGAUUUACGUCGUAAAUUUGAUUUGGCUGUAAAUUAUGUUUAUUCUGAAGUGUUCUAUAAAGGAGAAGCAAUACAAUUUAGUGAAGCUUUGAAUAAUAUAUGGUUCAAAAUAAAAGCCGUAAUGGUGAAUAUUUUUGAAGAGAAUUAUUUAGGACUUUCUGAGCCACAAAUUGUUUAUCUAAAGGAAAAAUUGGCUGGUAUUAAUGCGAAUACAGGAAAUUUACCCCGACCUUCUUAUUCCAAUUUACAAGACUUCUAUAAGGACUUAGCCGGCUUGGAAGAUAAUAAUUACUAUAAAAAUCAUUUGUUGCUAUUGAAACAACGUUUUCGUAAAUCUUUAUAUUAUGCUCAAACUCAAACGCAUUUCAUAGUGUCAGACAAUCGUAUGGGUGGUGUUUCCUCGCCGUUUUAUGCACUUCAGCAAAAUAUGGUGAUUAUACCAUUUGGCAGUUUUCAAUUACCUCUAUUUAACUACACCCAAACACCUCUUCAACAGUUAUCACUAUUCGGUUUUGUCUUGGCUCAUGAGCUAACACAUGCAUUUGAUACAACCGGCUUAAAUUAUGAUAAACAGGGCUUUCCUUUAACGUUUUACUCAGAUAUAAUGGAUCAUUCUAACUUCUCCAAGUCCAUAGAAUGUAUGCAACAUCAGCAGUCUACGGAUGACAUUGAUGAACGUAUUGCUGAUCUCUUAGCUGUACGGGUGGCUUAUCGUACUUACUUGGAAAACUAUGCAAAAGAUGAUGGCGAAACAGAUGAUUGGCGAAAAGAGUUUUUUCUAAAUUUGGCACAAUUUUUCUGUGGCAAAGAUAAUAUCAAUUUUAUUGAACAUGAUUCUGAUGCUGUACGUGUGCAGCAAAUGUUAAUGAAUUUUCAACCAUUCUCAGAGACUUUUGGUUGUUUGGAUGGCAGUACUAUGAAUCCGAAAACUAAAUGUAGACUUUAUUGAGGAUAUCGUGGUUUCAUAUAACAUAAUUUCCUGUGAAGAAGGGAGUGGAAUAUACUUAUAAAAAUGUAUAUAUGUAUGUAAAGAAAAGUAGAAUAGGUGCUAAUGUAUUGUAUAUAUGUAAAUAAAGUAAAAAACAAGUAAUAUUUCUAUAUUCGGCUGUGCCGAAUCUUUUAUACCCUUCACCAA